AUCGCACGACAGGCUCGUCGAUGCGGCCGACGGGAGCGAGAUGGAGACGAACCAUGCUCUCGAGUUACAGCCGAUGCCGACGACAGCGAAACCUCCCGUUUCGGAGCAGACGAAGACGCAGCAUGCGACCGAGCUUUCAGGGGCAUUUCUCAUCCCGUACCUGCUCAUGCUCGUACUGGGCGGUGUUCCACUGUUAUACCUGGAGCUGAUCAUUGGACAGUUUCACAGACGUGGUGCCAUCGGCGUGUGGAAGAAUAUUACACCGAUAUUUAAAGGCAUCGGCUUCUGUUCGUGUUUCAUCUCCUACUACGUGGCAUUCUAUUACAACGUCAUCAUCAGCUGGUCGUUCUACUACCUGUUCGCCUCAUUCACGGCCAACCUGCCCUGGACAUCGUGCGGAAACGCCUGGAACACGGAGUACUGCUGGAACGGCACGACGUACAAUGAAACGUCGUCUACCUACGGCACGCGGCCGUCAGCCGAGUACUACAAGUAG